AUGUUCACCCAGGACCCGCCGAAACUCAAAGUGUUGCUUGGAAACGGGUAUCUUGAUAUCGAAGAUGCUGUAAAACGGGAAUAUGACUUCGUUCUUGAGACACUCAUCAGUGCCUUUCUCUUACUUCCACUCAGUCCACACACUCUCACUCGGCUUCAACUAGGGGACUGUUUUCGCCGUUCACUCCAGUCUAGUCGGCAAACAACACCGUAUCGCCUCCACACCAUUGUUACCGAGUGCAAGGCCGGAUCAGUCGACACAUCCUCGCUGGAGGCGAAGUUUUUCGAGUACGGAGGAGUUCGGACUGUCACUGCUCUCGCCGCUGCAGCAGCGGACAAUAAGCAGAUAGUGAGCCUGCUAAAAGGUCUUUCAAAUGCUGAAUUCCAGGCCUUUCUGAAGUCCAUCGAUGCCAUUGAACCACACCGUGAUCUUCUCUUCAUCAUCGAGACGCUCGAGAGAAAAAAACCCUCGAGACUAUCAAAGCGAAAACACGUCCCAGGCCCUCGCCCUCCUCGCCCUCACCCUCGCCCUCGUGACCACUAUUCUCAUAUUCCCGGCAGUGUUCCACAGGCUCUAGAAAGGUUCCAAAUGGUGAAUGACUCUUCUAUCAAUAGCCUACCGGCAACAUCACAUACGCAUCGCUUGAAUGGCACUGCAGCACACUUAGCCAGUCCUUCUACAGUUGGUAAACCCCAAGGGGGAGGGACUUCCAUCACAUCGGACCUUGGACAAACAGCGGAGAAUGUGCUCGCCUCGGGAUUUAAUACCCUUGUUGCGGUCGCGUUCCAACAAAACGAUGGCGCAGAAAACCAUACUUUUCCACAAGACCACAAUACUUUCCCUAACAUAGCAUCAGGCCUGACCGGCAGCUGGCAGUGUGAUGGUAAGUGCAGCCAUGUCAUUCCAAAGAGACGUUAACCGACUGCAGAUAACUAUAGGAUUGACUUAGACAACCUUCACAACACUCCAAGUUAUGGGAUUGAUGGGGACAACCCCAACUUUGAACAUUAUGCUAUCGAUUUGGAGAGCUUCAACGCUUUGUGAAUAUCACGAUCAAUAGCAGCAUAUCUCCAGGAGCAACAUUUAUGCUAGCGGGCUGGGUGAUUAUUGUCCGUUCUCCGACGAUUAACGGUUUCCCAUCCAUGGUUAGGGGGAAAUCUUUGUCGUGAUAUAACGUCAGGAUUUCGCCCGGGAACAUUUCGAGCGAUGUUGGUUCAAGAGAUUCGCGACUCGGUCCGCGACACCUCAGGAGAAAAGCCGCUCGACCUUUGGUCUAGAGGUAAUAAUUAGUAUCGAAACAAGUGCGGCGGGAUAUUUGAGCAUACUUCAACGUUUCCUGCACUGAUGAAAGGCCUGACCCUACUUGUCCGAUCUGGAUGACUACACUGUUCAAUCUCGACGCUGCCUCGGUACGGUCGCCAGUGCUCUUCGUCCGAAAUCUGUUGCAGCCAGGCUGCCAGGACAUCUGCCUGCUCCAGAACUUCCUUGCUUGCUGGGGCGACGCUCAUGAGGCCGAAUGCUUCAUGCUAUGCAUGAUACAACCUCAACUUGUUAGAAGUGGUAAAGUCGCAUCAAUCAAUCUUCUCGCUACCUGAUUUGCGGAGAAAAAGCCUGUGGGGUGCAUGUGACCUCAUUGGCUCGUCUUCAUCGGCGCGCUGCCGUUGGACUACGGAGUACCACCGUAAGUUCCCGCUGUCACGUGCAUACAACUUUGCCCAACUUUAG